UUUUUUAUUCCCGGUUUUUUGAGGAUUCUGGGGAUUUUUCCCGGGUUUCUCUGGGGGAAUUUUGGGAAGAUCGGGAAAGAUGCCACCACCGCUGUCCCCGCUGUCCCCUCUGCUCCUGCUGCUGCUCUCCAGCUCCGCCCGCGGCGCCGUCCACGCCAACCUCACUGAAGGCUGCCAGAUCAUCCACCCUCCGCGGGACGGGGGGAUCCGCUACCGAGGGCUGACGCCGGACGAGGUUCGGAGCGUCCGGUUCCUGCCCUUCGACUACGAGAUCGAGUACGUGUGCCGGCCCGAGCGCGAGAUCGUGGGGCCCAAGGUGCGCAAGUGCCAGCGCGACGGCACCUGGACGGCCAUGGGCCACCCCAGCCGCUGCCUGCGGACGUGUCCCAAGGUCCACCUGAGCCUGGAGAACGGCCAGGUGACCGCGGGGGCCAUGGAGAGGGUCCCUGUUGAAGGCACCUGGGCCAGGUUCUCCUGCGACGCCGGCUUCCGCCUGGUGGGCGCCGCGCGCAGCAACUGCACCAAGAGCGGCCGCUGGAGCCACCCCAAGCCCCAGUGCCAGCCUCAUCGCCCCCCCUCAGGGAAGAAGGCGGUGCACGUGGGCGCGCUCUUCCCCAUGUCCGGCGGCUGGCCGGGCGGGCAGGCGUGCCUGCCGGCCGUCAGGAUGGCCCUGGAGGACAUCAACGAGCGCCGCGACAUCCUGCCCGACUACGAGCUCCGGCUCAUCCACGUCGACAGCAAGUGUGACCCGGGCGAGGCCACCAAGCUCCUCUACGAGCUGCUCUACAACCUCCCCUUCAAGAUCAUCCUCAUGCCCGGCUGCUCCAGCGUCUCCACCCUGGUGGCCGAGGCCGCGCGCAUCUGGAACGUCACCGUGCUUUCCUACGGCUCCAGCUCCCCGGCGCUCUCCAACCGCCGGCGCUUCCCGACGUUCUUCCGGACGCACCCGUCGGCAACGCUGCACAACCCCACGCGCGUCCAGCUCUUCAAGAAGUGGGGCUGGACCAAGAUCGCCACCAUCCAGCAGACCGAGGAGGUCUUCACCUCGACCCUGGAUGACCUCGACCGGCGGGUGAAGGAGGCCGGGCUGGAGAUCACCUUCCGCCAGAGCUUCUUCUCCGACCCCUCCGCCUCCGUCCGGAACCUCAAGCGCCAGGACGCCCGGAUCAUCGUGGGGCUCUUCUACGAGACGGUGGCACGGAAAGUCUUCUGUGAGGUCUACAAGGAGAAGCUCUAUGGCAAGAAGUACGUCUGGUUCCUGAUUGGCUGGUACGCCAACAAGUGGUUCCGCACCCCGGACCCUUCCAUCAACUGCACCGCGGCCGAGAUGGCCGAGGCCGUCGAGGGCCACAUCACCACCGAGAUUGUCAUGCUCAACCCCGAGAACACCCGCAGCAUCUCCAACAUGACGUCCCAAGAGUUCAUCAACAAGCUGGAGAAGAGGCUGGGGAACAACCCGAAGGAGACCGGGGGGUACCAGGAGGCGCCGCUGGCCUACGACGCCAUCUGGGCCUUGGCCUUGGCCCUCAACAAGACGGCCCAAGAGUUGGCCAAGCAAGGGGUGGGGCUGGAUGAGUUCAACUACAACAACAAGACCAUCACCGACGAGAUCUACCGGGCCCUCAACUCCUCGGCCUUCGAGGGCGUCUCGGGCCACGUCGUGUUCGAUGCCAGCGGCUCCCGCAUGGCCUGGACCCUCAUCGAGCAGCUCCAAGAUGGGGAGUACCAGAAGAUUGGGUACUACGACAGCACCAAGGACAACCUGUCCUGGUACAACAACGACAAAUGGAUCGGGGGGGCCCCUCCGUCCGAUUACACCAAGGUGAUCAUUACGUUCCGCUUCCUGUCCCAAAAAUUGUUCAUUUCUGUCGCGGUGUUGGCGUCGCUGGGGAUCGUCCUGGCCGUGGUUUGCUUGGCCUUCAACAUCUACAAUGGGCACGUGAGGUACAUCCAGAAUUCCCAGCCCUACCUGAACAACAUGACGGCCGUCGGUUGUACCCUGGCGCUUGCCGCUGUCUUCCCCCUGGGGCUCGACGGGUACCACAUUGGGCCGGGGCUGUUCCCGCUCGUCUGCCAGGCGCGGCUGUGGCUGUUGGGGCUGGGCUUCAGCCUGGGCUACGGCAGCAUGUUCACCAAGAUCUGGUGGGUGCACACCGUCUUCACCAAGAAGGACGACAAGAAGGACAAGCGGAAGAGCCUGGAGCCCUGGAAGCUCUACGCCACCGUGGGGGGCCUGGUGGGCUUCGACGUCGUCACGCUGAGCGUGUGGCAGAUCGUGGACCCCCUGCACCGCACCAUCGAGGAAUUCACCAAGGAGGAGCCCAAGUCGGACAUGGACGUGUCCAUCCUGCCUCAGCUCGAGCACUGCAGCUCCACCAAGAUGAACACCUGGCUCGGGAUUUUUUACGGAUUCAAGGGGCUGCUGCUGCUCCUGGGGAUUUUUUUGGCUUACGAGACCAAAAGCAUCUCCACGGAGAAAAUCAACGACCACCGGGCCGUGGGCAUGGCCAUCUACAAUGUGGCGGUAAAUUCCAGAAAAUUCCUGGGAAAAUUCUGGGAAUUUUCCAAAAAAUCAAAGGAAAAAUAUCCAAAAAUUAAAAAAAAAAAAAAAAAAAAAUUGGAGAUGUGAGGAAAAAAUUAUGAG